AUGAAAAUUAAUACAUACAAAAUGGCUAAUGUACGUGUUCGACAAGGUUUAUUUGAACAAAGCGAUGCAAGUGAGCAUGAAACCAAAUCUACAAAAUUAGAAGAAGAUGCUUUACAAAAAGAAUUUGAUGAAGGCUCCCCUACAACUAGCAUUUCAGAGGAACAACGUUCCCGAGAAGAUGGAAGAGAAUAUACUGAAGUAGAUAAUUCAAGAAAUGAACAAGUAUUUCAUCAGGAUCAGCAUGACAAAUUUUUGCUCGGGAAUGAAAUUGUGACUCUUGAAGAAAAACCACUAGCACAAUUGAGACAACAAACUGAUACAUCUAAGUGUCCAGAAAGAGCGCUACAACCUAUAUAUGGCGCACAUCACGAAGAAACUACUGAGUUAGAUGCUCGUAAAAAUGAUCCUUCAAGGUGUAACCUUGAGGGUAAAUCAUGUGAUCUUGGUACAUUUCAAGCAAAUUAUUUAAACGAAAAUUAUCUUCAAAGUGAACUACAAGAUGAUAAUGCUGUAGUUCCCAGAAAGUCUUUUUUGCAAAUUCGUGAUAAUAAAGGUGAUUCAAUGUCAAAUGAUGAUCGUCAACUUAUUUCUGCAGAACCCUCUAGUGAUGCAGAACAUUUUAUUAAAACUUGCUCUGGUAAAUGUGAUGUUCACGAACCUUCUAACAGUGUAAUACCCAUUAGCGAUGAUCGUAGUAAGAUACAGCAUUUUUCUAUAAAUCAUAAUUAUUAUUCCACAUGUUAA